AUGACUCAGGAUGAUGUGUUCAAGAUCUUGAACAAUCGAGGGAUUUUCGGCUGUCAAAUAGGAUUCCCCGCAAACUCCGACUAUAGUACACUAUUCGAAGAAAAACACGGGGCUCAAGAUCCGGCUCUUGCUCGGCUAUUGAUGGGGUCCAACGUUAACGUCCCAGGAAACCGAUUCUAUGGUACGAUAGUCAUUCAUGGGGCGAGCAUUGCAUUCAAAUUGAUCGACGGCCUGAAACUUCAUGCCAGCAAUGCAGUACAGCGCAAAUCAUCUGGAAUUCCUUGA